GACACUGGUCUACUCGCCGGUGGAAACCUUCUUUGUUUCUCUGUCUCUCUAUAGUCUGUGCUUUCCUUCACGCCUUGCGCCUUAUUUCUUCCCUCACUCAAAACCCAUUUGGGUCUCAUUCAAUCCACAGUGGUUCCUAUCUUUGCUUUGAAUCGUUCUCAUAUAAAUUUCGAUACUUUAUCUUGAAUACAAGUUUAUGAGAUUUCUGGGUUUCUCUGAUCUGAUCAGUUGAAACGCCUAUCUGAUCCAGUCCGGGAUUUCUCAAGCUGUUAUUGGGUUUUCUCUUCGGUGUUUGGAUAUUUUCAAACCGAAAGGAAACCACUGGAAAAUUAAGCGAUUUAGACUAAUAUUAAAUUUCCUGAUAGAUGAUACUUUGAAAAGCUAAAGCCUCCAGAUAACUAAGCCUGGUGAUAGUAUAUUUGUGAUCAAUUGGGUUUUUCAUUCUCUUUCUGAUAAAAAAAAAAAAGGCGUGCAGAAAACAGAAGAUCUUAGAAUCUUAUUCCUUUUACAUUUUUAUCUUAUUUCCUCACUCUUCUCAGCAACCAAACGGUGGAAAUGAUGGGAACUGGGUUGCGCUUUGGGCCUCUGCGCAGUGAGAACCGGUUCUACGUCCCAUCGAAAGGCAGAAAAAAUCAGAAUCAGCAAAAACAAGCUCGGAGAGGAAAAAAGGGUGAUGAGACUGAGAGGCUGGAUUCAUCUCCGACGAGCAAAGGCCCUCCAUAUUCAUUGACAAAGCCUUUGGAGCUUCCUCUAAAGCCUGCUAGUAACCUUGAUAGGUUCUUGGAAUUCACCAUGCCUUUGGUCCCGGCCCAGUAUUUCUCCAAGACGAUAAUGAGGGGGUUGAGGACUUGUGAUGUUGAGUUUCAACCAUACUUCAUGUUGAAUGAUCUUUGGGAAACAUUUAAGGAACGGAGUGCAUACGGGGUGGGAGUGCCUUUUGUACUUAAUGAGGGUGAUUCUGUUGUUCAGUAGUAUGUUCCAUAUUUAUCUGGCAUACAAUUGUAUGGCGAGCCUGCUACAGGGUCAAAUGCUAAGCCAAGGAUAUUCAAAGGGUGUAAAAGAAUUCUCCUUACAACUUACAAACCUUCCCCAAAUCAAUGUGACUGUCAUGAAUCAGGUGAGAUUUAUAAAUUUGAGGUUUUUCUAGACUGAAUUGCUAGGUUAU